AUGGCCAUUCUACCAAAAAAAAGACAAUGGCUAUGGGGGAAAAUUGUGGCGGAGAUCAGAGAUCCGGUGAAGAAUUACGUUAGAGUUUGGCUUGGUACAUUUGAGACGGUUAAGGAAUCUCCUGCGCCAGUUUGGAGAGAUGAUGAUCCAGAUUGGCCAAGCUCUCACAAGUAUGAAGUCGUGAGGGGUUUGGCGGAGAAGCUCAUCAAUGAGAACCUCCAUGAAGGUUUCGAGACUUUGAGGGAAGUCAACCGUGCUGCCCUGUCUAGGGUCUUCUCCAAGACUCGUCAGCUUGAAGCUACCAUGUCAAGGCAGCAGGAGCACCGGUCUGUCGUCAAUGGUGAUGGUGAUGUAGGAUCCGGGCAACUUUGUCACUGA